AUGGGAGAAAAAAAAAUCGCGCACCGUACGUGCAUAAAUCUCCCACCCGUCUUAAAUCCAAGUGGUCACUUGAGGGCGCUUUCAGGUCAAUGUUUUUGUUUACCACGAGUCACGACGUCCACGAACAACACGACUCGAGUUUACUUGCCUAAAAUUAACUAAAUAUUAAUUAACUAAAUAUUUUGUUGUGUUGGUACUGCUGGCCUGAAAAUUACCGGAUAACUAGACCUAUUUCCUGUGGUAAAUAGCCAGGAGCAGCUAUAAAGAUCAAGAUGGUGGAAGCAGAAAUUAUCCCACCUGGUUCCUUGUAUAAAAUAAACAGGCUGGCAACAAAUGAAGGAGCAACGACAACACAAACCUUUACUCCGAGACAGUAUCAGGUGGAAUUACUUGAUGCUGCUUUGGAUCACAACACAAUUGUCUGUCUGCAGACGGGGGCCAGCAAGACAUUUAUUGCUGUGAUGCUGAUAAAGGAGCUAUCAAAUGCCUUACGUUUGCCCUUGCAAGAAGGCGGAAAGAGAAUGGUGUAUCUUGUCAAUGAUGUGAGUAUCGUUACGCAGCAAGCAAGCGUGCUCUGUGAACACACCGAUCUAACUAUUGGGGACUUUGUGAGUUGUGUUUCUGAUGACGAUGAUAACUCCAAUCUGGCGCUAUGGAAACAAAAGUUUGUCCAGAGCCAAGUCCUCAUCACAACUGCCGAGCUAUUCUUGAAAAUACUCGAACACGGCGUCGUCAGUCCUUAUCAAGUCAAUUUGUUGGUAUUUGACGAGUGUCACCGUGCCACGGAGAAGCACCCAUACUGUGAGAUCAUGAAGUGCCUUAGUGGAUGGAAGGAGUCGUCCCGCUUGCCCCGCAUUAUGGGAAUGACGGCCUCCAUUCUCCACAGCAAAUGUGAGCCGCAGACUCUGGAGAGGAAACUUGGUGUCCUUGAACAAACUCUUAAGAGUGUUGCGGAGACCUACUCCAGUGGAUGCCUGACCAGGUAUUGCACCAAGCCCAAGGAGGCAAUCAUUGUCUGUGAGAUGCAGCAGGGGUUUGAAGACAUCAUUACCCAGGUGGAGCAUGUUUUAAAUGAUGCUCUGGUCUUCGUACAAGAGUGCUGCAUACCAUAUGAUGCAAUAGAAGGAGAUCCUCGGGUGGCUGUGAUGCAGGCUUUCAGAGAGUGCCUCAUGACCUUUGUGGCUGUAGGGCCACUGGGGUUGAGGAUAGUCGUCCCCUUGCUUCUCAAAAGGCUUCAGAAGAUCGAAAAGCGCGGGUCGCAUUCCGCGAGUAAGCUCAUGCUGCAGUACGGUUGCACCCAGCUACGCUUGGCGAGAAAGAUUUGCGAAAACGCCAUCAUGGAAUUAGAGGAUCCACUUGAUCUGAGACUCACGACCUCGAAGGUGCGCCGUCUUCUUGAAGUACUGAAAGAGUUCCAACCAAGCGAAGAAUCAAGUAACAUCAAUGCUGCCGUUAAAAGUCAGGAUACUGUGAGACGUACCGAGAGAAUACUAGGGGGUGGAAGUUCGCAGAAGGUCCACCAUGAGAGGUUGAUCAGAAACAGACGGCUUCUCGUAUACGAUGAAGAUGAUGACAGCAACUCGGACGAUGAAGAAGAGGACAAAGACGAAAUGGCCGAUGCACAAAGCGAAACCAACAUGUACGGCAUCGUCUUUGUGAAUCGUCGCUUCCUAGCCAUGGUUCUAGACAAAUUGGUCCGGCGGUUGCAAAAGAAAGACCCUGUUCUGGGCUUCAUCAACAGCAGCUGCAUCAUGGGACACAGCAGGGGAGGCCUUGACGCCCUAAGUGUGACAAAGGAGCUACAGUUUAAAAAGCAAGAGGAAAUUCUGAGGAGGUUUCGACGUCACGAGAUCAACCUGCUGUUUGCCACAAGUGCUGUUGAGGAAGGUGUAGACGUUCCCAAGUGUAACUUGGUUGUGCGCUUUGAUAUUCCCGAUCACUACCGGUCGUACGUUCUGUCCAAGGGUCGUGCCAGGGCACCCAACUCACAUUACAUCAUGCUGGUUGAAGAGGCUAGCCUAGGUGCUUUCACCAAGGAACUUAGCAACUUUCAGGAAAUUGAUAAGAUCCUCCAACGGAAAUGUCACCAGAGGGAGCAGCAGUCUUGGGAUGAAACUGAUCUACAGGAGGCAGAUUCACUGUGUCUCCCAUACAAACCAAGCAAGGGGGAAGAUGCGGGCAUGGUAACCAUGACAACAGCCAUCUCACUUGUCAAUAGAUAUUGCUCCAAGCUUCCCAGCGACACCUUUACUCAUCUGUCUCCCAAGUGCCAGACAGCCACCAUUCAAGAUGGUUCAAGUCCUGUCAUGUACCAGUCUCGGAUAUUCCUACCAAUCAACUCGCCCAUCAGGGACUCCAUACUGGGCCCUCCGAUGCCAAAGAGAAAGUUAGCUGAAAUGGCUGCUGCACUGAAGACAUGCGAAACACUUCACAAAGCUGGGGAAUUAGACGACAACCUCCUCCCGGUGGGAAAGGACACAGUGCUCCUGAUGGAGGACCUUGGCUAUGAUCAGGAAGUAGUGGAGGAAGGGCAGGGCAGACCAGGGACGACAAAGAGAAGACAGUACUAUAAUAAAGAGGUUGCAAUGUGCCUUAAAGCUUGUCAUCCCAUGACCAACCAACCAUGUCAUCUGUAUGAGAUACAUAUGGGUCUUGCCUCACCUUUGCCUGAGGUACUCAAUGUGCGGGAUCGUAGGCUUCAUGUUCCAGAGGAGACAACGAGAUCCUUUGGGAUCCUCACCACUAAGAUCGUUCCAAAGGUGGAUUCCAGGUUUCCUGUCUACACACGAGCGGGCGAGCUGGCCGUAUCGGUUGACCUUUUAACCUCUGACAUCACAGUGACCCCUGACCAGUUGAAACAGCUGCAGCAGUUUCACAGCUGCAUCUUUGCGGAAGUUCUCCGGCUUGAGAAACCCAACCUGGAGUUUGACCCCCAGAAGGCCGAGGCCAGCUACCUCAUAGCGCCUCUCAACAAAUGUGAUGAAGAAGAACAAAUCCACAUUGACUGGAACUUUUUGAAGACUGUCAGUGAAAGUUCUGGAAUGCUAGACAGGCCGCCAGUCCUUCCAGACUACAGCAGGAAUCAGUUUGUCUUCACAACCGAAGCCUUUGCCGACGCCGUGGUGACACCAAUCUAUCGCAACAUUGACCAGCCCCAGAGGUACUACAUAGCCGACAUUUUGAGCAAUCUCCCCGUGACGAGUCCCUUCCCUUCGGACAAGUACGAGAAGUUCAUCGACUACUACUUUGAGCGGUACGACAUCCAGGUGUCCAACUACCAGCAGCCUCUGCUGGACGUGGACUGCAUGUCGUCCAGGCUGAAUCUGCUGACCCCGAGGUACCUGAACCACAAGGGGAAGGCCCUGCCGAUCAGCAGGAUGCAGAGCAAGAAGAACUACCUACAGAAGAAGCAAUACCUGGUCCCGGAGCUCUGCUACAUCUAUCCGAUUCCGGCGUCUUUGUGGAGGAAGGCGGUGUGCCUCCCCAGCAUCCUGUACAGGCUGAAUUCGUUGCUGGUGGCUGAGGAGUUACGAGUCCAAAUCAGCCAGGAGGCAGGAGUCGGCAUGGCAGAGCUGCCGGCAGACCCUUACCCUUUUGCCAACAUGACCUUUGGAUGGGAGGGACUGGAAUUGCUGGACCUUGAAAACCAAAACAAGGAACCUGAAGGCGGGAAGGAUGGGAGUGCAGUCACAGACAACACUGCUUCAGGAAUAGUGACCGGCCAAGAGAAGGCUCAAAAUUCAGAGGAAAAGGAAGAAAACCACUGUUGUGUUGAUCCAGAAACCUUGGGUAAAGUAGAAAACGUCACCAUGUUAAAGAACACAAACUUUGAAGUCAAAGGCCGGGAAAAUAUUGACCAAAGCACUGCAGAUAAAGACGGCAGUGCAGUGGUAGAAACCGAGCAGGAUGCAAUGACAGCUGAGAUGUGCAAUAAGGAUGGCUACGAUGUCGACUCCAAAUCUGCUGCCCCUCCUCAGUUAAAUUCAAGCAAUAAAGGGACAGACACAAACCAGAUGAACUGUGAAAGUAAUGAUGCACUUGCAAGAGAUCAAAAUCUUGGAGAUAACAUUUAUAGCAAUCCUGAGAAGAAAUUUAAUGUCAGUACUAACGUUUCUGGAGAGGAAGAGUGCAGAGGCUUGCGAGAGGAAAGCCAAGGUGAUUCAAGUCAGGUUUUGAGAGGCAAAGAAGACUGCUCGUUGAAGCUUAGCAUCUUAGAUGAUCAAGGUCAUGACCCAGCCAGCCUGCCUGGUCCAAGCCCCACGACCAUCCUCCAGUCCCUGACCAUGUCCAACUCCAGCGAUGGGUUCAACUUGGAGAGGCUUGAGAUGCUUGGCGACUCCUUCCUCAAACAAGCAGUCACCAUCUACCUGUAUUGCACCUACCCCCGGCGCCACGAGGGCAAGCUGAGCUACAUGCGCAGCAAGCAGGUCAGCAACUUCAACCUCUACCGCCUCGGCAAGCGGAAGGACAUCGGGCGGAAAAUGCAGGUAGCGCUGUUCGAUCCCGCUAUCAACUGGCUGGCCGCGUGCUUCUCUGUCAAGGAGAACGUUCACCCCGAUGAGCAGCGGUCGUAUCAGUCCUACCAGAAAGAAGGUAGUGAUGUUUCCUCAGAUGAUGGCGAUUUUGCCAUUGAUACGUGGGAUCCAAGCAGCGUGGACAUGUGGGACCCCAACAUGGUUGUGGAAGAGGAGACUGCUCCGGAUAUUGACAUCCCUAUGAUGACUCCCGGGGACAUGGAUAGCGAUUUCAGCGAUGACGAUCCAACUUACCAGUACCCUAACGGCAGCUUCCAGACUCUAGACCCUUGGUCCUUCUCCCUCGAGGAUGCUGAUAAUCUUCCUGGGUUAACCUACACUGGCCGAAAGCCAGUCGACAUGGGAGACCUCCCUGAGUUGCCCUACGAAAUCCACACCCAGCACAGCCUCUCUGAUAAGAACCUAGCCGACUCUGUGGAGGCAAUCAUAGGUUGCUACCUCAUAUCUUGUGGUUUUCGGAGUGCCCUCAUCGUGAUGUCUUGGUUUGGUCUCCGCGUGCUGCCGCAGAUUCCAGACGAUGAAUCUCGUGGACUCAAAGGCAACACAGCUGAUGAUAAAACCACAACAGGUCAAUCAGUUGUAGAUCUUGGUGAUACAAUCACUCGGAAUCAAAAUUCCAUCAAGGACGACCACCAAUACACCAAUCAGGCUUACUGCGAGAAACCUAGGUCAUGCUACGGUUACCUGAAGCAGCCGGAAUCCCCGUUCUUCAGGAAUGCCUCAGAUGCUGAAGAGAGGUUAGCACAUCUCUUGGUCGGUAUGGACAGCUUUGAGAAGACCAUCAAUUACAGCUUCAGCGACAAGGCUUACUUAGUGCAGGCCUUCACUCAUGCUUCCUACCACUACAACUGUGUCACUGAUUGCUAUCAAAGGUUAGAGUUCCUUGGUGACGCCAUCUUAGACUACCUGAUCACCCGACACCUCUUUGACCAUCACCAGGACCUGUCCCCGGGCGCCCUGACAGAUCUGCGCUCGGCCCUGGUCAACAACACCAUCUUUGCCUCCCUGGCCGUCAAGUUUGGCUACCACAAGUACUUCAAGGCGCUCAGCCCCGAGCUCUUCCACGUCAUCGACAACUUUGUGACUUUUGUCAAGGAGAAGAAGGAGGCUCUUGGCAUGGGAUCACAGUUGAAAGUGCUAGAUGUGGAAGGGCUUCCAGGUCGCGAGGAUGAGAGUGAGGACAUAGAAGUACCCAAAGCUCUGGGAGACAUCUUUGAGUCGGUAGCUGGGGCAGUCUACCUGGACAGCGGCAUGUCCCUGGACACUGUCUGGAGAGUCUACUAUCCACUCAUGAAGCCACAAAUAGAACAAUAUGCUGCCAGUUUACCCAUUUCUCCUGUGAGAGAGCUUCUCGAAAUGGAACCAGAAACAGCAAGAUUCGGCCCACCGGAGAGAACAAUGGACGGCAAGACCCGAGUGACUGUCAAUGUCGUCGGCAAGGGGAAAUUUAAGGGCAUAGGCCGUAACUACCGCAUUGCCAAGGCAACCGCAGCCAGAUGCGCACUCAGACAUCUCAAGAGUCAGAAGAAAUAGAAGACAUUUUCAUAUCUUACCAGAUCCUGUAAGAAUUUUUACAUGCAGUAGAAAUAGCAUAGUGUGCUCUCUAUUCCGAUAUACAUCUCUUAGUGUGAAAUACAUAUUUAGGUAUGCAGACAUUAUGUUAGUAUACAAAAAUUAUAUUAUUUGAGGGUGGAUAGUUGAUACUAGCUCUUCAAGGACAAAAUAGUUGUCAACUUCCGAUACCUAGGGGAGCCAAUAUUUACUAUCCACCAGACACAAACCAUGUUAUAGUAAGAGUUAACUUCCAAGACGCGAUACACGCCAUUUUAUUUGUCCUUUAGAAUCCUGCUCUCUCCUGGCUGCCCAAAAGUAAGUUCGACGGCCGUUAUAAACUUAAACACGACUUAAGAAUACAAUAAGGCGAAAAGUGAAAUUAAGAAACAGCUGUUAUACUGUUUUAAUUCUUUAAAGUUUCAUAACCGUGCACAAUUUUCCCUUUUUUUCAAAUGGAUAUGUCGUGUUUUGGAAAUAAACCCUUCAUUUCUUUUACUGUGCCUCAUACAUAUUCACCAAACUUUCGUCUAGUUGCGCAUCAGGUAUCUUGGCAGAACAUUGCUUUACGUGUGCAAGGGCAGAUC